AUGUACCGGAUUAACGCCCUUGGGAUUUAUUUGUGGGAAACUAUAGUAUUUUUCAGUUUGGCAGCAUCAAAGGAGGCAGCGGCGCGGAAGGCUGCGUCCCCCAUGCCUCCGUCUGAAUUCCUGGACAAACUCAUGGGAAAAGUGUCCGGAUACGAUGCCAGAAUCAGGCCUAAUUUUAAAGACCCGCAAGGCUCCAAAUCGGAUGGUACCCACAAGAAAGGUCCACCUGUGAACGUAACAUGCAACAUUUUCAUCAACAGUUUUGGGUCCAUUGCUGAAACAACAAUGGAUUACAGAGUGAAUAUUUUCCUGAGACAGCAGUGGAAUGACCCGCGGCUGGCUUACAGCGAGUACCCUGAUGACUCCCUCGAUCUUGACCCCUCUAUGUUGGACUCCAUUUGGAAACCUGAUCUGUUUUUUGCCAACGAAAAGGGAGCCAAUUUUCACGAGGUUACCACGGACAACAAGCUGCUACGGAUCUCUAAAAACGGAAAUGUUUUAUACAGCAUAAGAAUAACCCUGGUCCUGGCUUGCCCGAUGGAUCUGAAGAACUUCCCCAUGGACGUGCAGACGUGCAUUAUGCAGCUCGAGAGCUUUGGAUAUACGAUGAACGACCUCAUAUUUGAGUGGGAUGAGAAGGGGGCUGUACAGGUGGCAGACGGACUGACGCUACCCCAGUUUAUACUGAAGGAAGAGAAGGACCUACGUUACUGCACCAAACAUUACAAUACAGGGAAGUUCACCUGCAUUGAGGCUCGUUUCCAUCUGGAGAGGCAGAUGGGCUAUUACCUCAUUCAGAUGUACAUCCCCAGCCUCCUGAUCGUCAUCUUGUCCUGGGUGUCCUUCUGGAUCAACAUGGACGCGGCGCCGGCCCGGGUCGGACUCGGCAUCACCACCGUGCUGACCAUGACCACGCAGAGUUCCGGUUCCAGAGCGUCUCUGCCGAAGGUGUCCUACGUCAAAGCCAUCGACAUCUGGAUGGCCGUGUGCUUGCUGUUUGUGUUCUCCGCCCUACUGGAGUACGCCGCCGUCAACUUCAUCGCCCGCCAACACAAGGAGCUGCUCCGCUUUCAGAGGAGGAGACGGCACCUCAAGGAGGACGAGGCUGGAGAGGGUCGCUUCAGCUUCGCGGCUUACGGUAUGAGCCCGGCCUGUCUGCAGGCCAAAGACGGCAUGGCCAUCAAGGGGAACAACAACAACGCCCCUACGUCCGCCAACCCGCCCGAGAAGACCGUGGAGGAGAUGCGCAAGCUCUUCAUCAGCCGCGCCAAGCGGAUCGACACGGUGUCACGCGUGGCCUUCCCGCUGGUCUUCCUCAUUUUUAACAUUUUCUAUUGGAUCAUAUACAAGAUUAUCCGAAGUGAGGAUGUUCACAAGCAGUAA